ACAUGGGGCCACUGGGCUGCGGGCGCCGUGGCCGCCGCGAGUCCCGGCCGCAGGCGCCGCCGCUCGCCUAACGUCCGAGCCGAGGGCCCGCCCGCCCGCCGCAGCCCGGCGCCUCCGCCCAGCCUCCCCCGCCCCCCGGCCGCGCCAUGUGAGGGGCCGCUCCCGCCACCGCCUCUUCCUCCCCGCGCCUCCCGCCUGCCCGCCCCCCGCCGCCUCAGCCCCCGCCAUGGACGCGCACUACGCGCCCGCGGGCUUCGCCGAGCCUCCCGCGCCCCCCGCCAGCGUCGCCACGCAGCCCGCCGCCCCCGCCUGGGCCUACGAAGCCCGGGUCCCGGCCGCCGCCUCCAGCCCCGGCUGCAGCGGCAGCAGCCCCAGCCUCAAGGCCAGCUAUGAAGAUGGACAUGCUUCACAGUCUGAAUCGGAUAUCCUACAGAGACAGACAUUCACAGCCUCUCAUCAGCUUCCUGGAUAUGCCACCACUCCUCAAGCAACUGGCAUGCAUUCCUCAGCAGCAACUGAGCUGUUUGUUACAGGACCCUUGCCAACCACUGGAACGCUUCCACCACCGGCCCUGUCUGCUUAUCAGCAUCCAGCUACCUUUAGCAAUAGAAACUUUGUGACCACCUCACCUUUGGUGCUUCAAGAUUCAACUUUUAACACUACAUCAAAUGGGAUUUUAAACCCUCAUGACCCUUUGCUACAAAUUAAGACUUCCCAGGGAACUGUUGCAACUGCUUUGGCAUUUGAGCGCCUGGGCAGUUCUGCACUAAGCAAUAGCAUACCACCUCAGUCUUCAACAUAUCGCUCAGCGCAAGAGUCAGCACCCCAUCUUUUACAACCUCAAUUUAGUUUGUUGCCUUCAACACUUGGGGGAGCCCAGCAAACCCCUCAAGCCUACAGUUCAGCUCUUUUUACUAGUUCUGCUGCUUCCGUUGAAAGAGCCCUUCUUCGAGAAUGCAGUGUCAUUAAACACCACCAGCGGCCUUCAGUUACCCAGUCUAUUCCGGCACAGCUGACUGGUUCACAGCACCCCCUACACAGUUACCUGUCAAGCGCAAGUAUUGGUAAUUUUCAGGAACCAUCCAGGCAGUCUUUAUCCUGCAGCUCAGUUCGAGAUUCUACUCAGGUGAGCAGUGGAGUGGUGCAGCAGAAGACCACUCACGUCUCAGCAGGCCUUGCUCAGUCUUACUCAUCGGUAAUUCCGUCAUCAGGCUAUGUUCCUUCUGCUACAAAAGUAGAUGGCUGUUCUACAGAACAACCACUAACAUCAGCUACAGUUCCGAAGCCUCAAAGUGUAAUUCCUUCUGUGCAAACACUAAACUAUUCUAAACCUUUACAUAACCAGAGCUCUGUAAUAUCAGGUCAAGCACAAAUUUAUUCUACAGCACAGCUACCAAGCCUUUUAUCAGUCAGUCAGUCCCAAAAUUAUGGUUUAGUGCAGCCACAUAAUGUGCCAUCGAUUGUUCAUUCACAGGUUUAUAGGUCCAGCAGGGUUGAGAAAUUGCCAUCCUUAUACAAAACAUUGACUUUUUCUGGAUCAUCUCAGCCUGUAACCUCUGAAAACCAGACACUUAGUUAUUCAUCCAAUCAGCAAGAGGUAUUAUCUUUAGUUACAAAUGAGAAUUACCCUGCUCAAACAAGAGACUUAUCAUCAGUCAGCCAGUCUCAAGAUUAUUCAUCUGGUCACUCUCAGGGUUUAUCACCAGUUAGCCAAACACAAGUCAAUUAUUCAUCUCAGUCACAAGUUUUGUCAGUUGUUAGCCCUUCAGAAAGCUAUGCGUCAGGACAGUCUCUGACAUUAACAGCCUCUUCUCUUUCUUAUUCUUCUGCCUCUCGGGGUCAGAGCUUGCCAGAUUCUAGCCCAACACCAAAUUAUAUAUCUAUGCAUUCAUCCCCAAAUGCUCAGACCCAAGGAUCUUCACCUCCUCAGCCCCAAAAGUUUUUGCCUACUGUGCAGUCGUCCUUUGCAUCCUCUGCUUGUGGUCAGCCAUUACAGAAUAGCAUACCGUCCCCUGAUCCAAAGUCUUACGCUGAGAGAAAAAUUGACUCAAAUGUGUAUACAUCUUCAAAGCAAGAUGAUUUUCCAAUGCAAAAAUUACAGGCCUUGCAGUCACAAGCAUCUCUCGAGUCAUCAAGUCAAAGGCUAGCUGAUGGGGAAGUGAGUGCUCAUGAGGCUGUUUAUAAGACACCAAAGGCAGAUGAUUGCUAUUCUCAGAAUGUGACCAGAAAUAACUCUCACCUUGAAGACCAACUUGGAGUUGCUCUCCAGGGUUCAAAACAAGAAAACAUGAUUGCCUCAGUGACGCAACUUAACCAGCAAAGUGGCCAGCCCAAUAAUGCAGUAGUCCCUGAUCUUAAGAAGGCAACUAAUAUAAUGCAAACUCCACAGAUAAGCUUGAACACUAAAGACCUCAACCAGCAGCACUCUCUCAUACACAAGAUGCAUGAAGCAAAGGUUCAGGAACAGCAUGAUCAAAUAAUUGGUGCCUCAUCUCAGAUUCAGAUUCCAAAUCAUGCUUUAAGGCAUAGUCAUCAGGCUCUUCCUAAUACACCAGUCCUUUUAGAUUCUACCUGUGACUUACAGAUUCUUCAGCAGGCUGGGAUUCUACAGGCUAGCCUGGGACAAGCAAAGGCAUCCUUACAAGUACAGCGUGUUCAGAGUCCUCAACAGAUAGUCCAUCCUUUCCUUCAGAUGGAUGGUCAUAUCAUCCAGAGCAAUGGUGAGCAUACUCAGCAGCAGCUCCAUCCUCAAAAUUCUGAUAUUAUGAAACUGGACCUCCCUGAAUCUUCAAAACCUUUGCAGCAGCUAACAAGGAAGGGCCCUUUCAGUGAAACCAGUCAACACGAUUCAAAGAAUCAGUUUGUUUCUCUGGGAUCGAUAUGCUUCCCAGAGGCAAUGCUUCUUAGUGAUGAAAGAAAUAUUUUGUCAAAUGUAGAUGAUAUCUUAGCAGCUACAGCAGCAGCUUGUGGGGUUACACCUUCUGAUUUUUCCAAGUCAGCUUCAACUGAAACCAUGCAGGCUGUUGAAGGUGGUGAUUCUAAGUCUCAUUUUCAGCAGUCAUUAGAUGUCAGGCAUGUGAAUUCAGAUUUUAACUCCAUAACAGCUACAGUAGGAAAGCCACAGACUAUUAAUGACAUUUCCUUAGAUGGAAAUCAGGUUGCUGUAAACCUUUCAUCGGUACCCACUGUUCAGUCAAAAACAGUCCUUGAUCAACAGCAUAUGGAAACACCUAGUCAAAAUAUGCCAACUAAAGUACCUUCAGCCAUGGUUGGACCAGGUCAUGAAGUCCAGGAGCAAAGUUCUGACCCAUUCAAGAAACAGUUGGCUAUAAAUAAUGAGUCUAAAGAAGAUAAUGAAAUUCCUGUUGACAGUGCAUUGAGUAAUAACAGAAGUCAAGAAUUUGUCUCUAGUAGUCAGAGCAUAAGUGGAGAGAAUGCAGCAUCUGAGAGUGAUUUUACCCUAGUGGGUGAUGACAGUGGUGUGUCGAUGAACCAUAGAAGGAGCACACUUGCACUGCUUGCCAUGGCCCAAUCUGGGGAUGCAGCCAGUGCUAAGACAGAAGAUGAAAAGCAAGAUGUAACGUAUUUUAACCUUCCAAAGAAAAAAGCUAAAGGAAAUGGGCAAGGUAAAGAGGAAGAGGAUAGUCAAAAACAACUGAAAAAGUCUGCCCAAGGGAAGCGCCAGAACCCUAGGGGGACAGACAUCUAUUUGCCACAUAUUCCACCUUCCUCAGAAAGCUGCGAUGAAGGUUACCAGCAUCAAGAAAAGAUGAGGCGGAAAAUCAAAGAAGUAGAGGAAAAGCAGCCAGAAGUCAAAACAGGAUUUAUUGCUUCUUUUUUAGACUUCCUGAAGUGUGGGCCCAAGCAGCAGUUUUCCACCCUUGCUGUUAGAAUACCUAAUAGGACCAGACGAUCAGGAACCCAAGUCACCCGUACCCAGUGUCCCCCACCAAUUGCAAAGAUGUCACCUGCAACACCUGCACUAUUACCAUCUGAGACUGGAGUGGUCAGCGCAUCAGAAAAAGUUGACAGUGAACUUAAAAAUUUAGAACAGUCAUCUUCAUUUUCUUCUGAUGAGGAAGAUCCUGGCAUGUGUGGCCAUGAUACCUAUAAGAACACCUCUACUCCCUUAACUGCGUGGGAUGCUACUUCUGAUAAAACAAAGAAAACAGAAGCUCUAUCUGUGGUCAAUCCUGGUGCAUCUGCCGAGGCUGCUGGUGCUGCUCCCGCUUCUUCCACUGUUGGUGCAGUUAAACAAGAUGUUCAUCUGACUUCAUCGGCUGUAAGCACCCUGGAAAAUGCAAACUCCACAGAACCCCCCACAGCCAUUGAGCUUGAUAGUCUUCCUUCAGACCAGUUGGCAAAAGGACAGGAAACAGUUGCAAUAGAAGGUUUUACAGACGAGGAAAAUAUAGAGAGUGGAGGAGAAGGUCAAUACAGAGAACGUGAUGAAUUUGUCGUAAAGAUAGAAGACAUUGAGACGUUUAAGGAGGCUUUAAAUAUAGGAAAAGAGCCCCCAGCUAUUUGGAAAGUCCAGAAAGCUUUGUUACAGAAAUUUGUUCCUGAAAUUCGAGAUGGGCAAAGAGAAUUUGCAGCUACAAAUAGUUACCUUGGGUAUUUUGGAAAUGCAAAAACUAAAUACAAAAGGAUAUAUGUGAAGUUCAUUGAAAAUGCAAACAAAAAGGAGUAUGUCAGAGUAUGUUCCAAAAAGCCAAGAACUAAGCCUUCACAAACUAUCAGAAAUGUUCCAUCUAAGCCAAGUAGUAUCAGUAAAACUUCUGACCCACCAGUAUCAAAAACUGCAACUACAAAAGCCCCUGCCACAAAACCCAAAGUUAAACAGCUCAAAAUAAAGGCUGAGCCACCACCAAAGAAAAGGAAGAAAUGGAAAGAAGAAUUUUCAUCAUCACAAUCUGAAUCAUCUCCUGAGGUCCGUUCUAGCAGUAGUGAGGAUGAGGAAUUUGAUCCUCCAGCUCCUUUUGUCACUCGAUUUCUGAACACAAGAGCAAUGAAGGAAACUUUCAAAAGUUACAUGGAAUUGCUUGUUAGCAUUGCUCUGGAUCCUGACACCAUGCAAGCCCUAGAGAAGAGCAAUGAUGAGCUUCUUUUACCACAUAUGAAAAAAAUAGAUGGAAUGCUCAAUGAUAACCGGAAAAGACUUCUUGUGAAUCUUCAUUUGGACCAGUCAUUCAAGAAUGCUUUGGAAAGUUUUCCUGAACUAACAAUUAUUACGCGAGACUCUAAAGCAAAAAGUGGAGGAUCUGCUAUUUCUAAAAUCAAGAUGAAUGGCAAAACUUACAAUAAGAAAACCCUAAGGACUUCUAAAACAACCACUAAGUCUGCACAGGAGUUUGCUGUAGAUCCAGAGAAAAUACAGUUAUAUUCUUUAUAUCAUUCACUCCAUCAUUAUAAAUACCAUGUUUAUCUGAUAUGUAAGAAUGAGAUAUCAUCUGUGCAGAAAAAAAAUGAAGAUUUAGGACAGGAAGAAAUUGUUCAGCUUUGUAUGAAAAAUGUAAAGUGGGUGGAGGACCUAUUUGAAAAAUUUGGAGAACUUCUAAAUCAUGUACAACAGAAAUGUUCCUAACAUUUCCACAAAAACCUGUUUUUAUAGCACUAAUGAAUUGUGGAAGGAUAGUGUCACAGAUAAUCAACUCUCCAGCAGUGGCCUCUUGCGGCAUCCCCACUGCCUGGGGAACCAGACCUCUGUUGAGGACAGUGGUGCUGCCACAGAAGCCAGUCUUUUUAUCCUAAUGAAUGAUUUUUCUACUUUUUAAACUGUGGGGUGAUUGAGUUUUUGUUUUCAGAAACAUCUAUUGGCAAAUGAUAAAGUGUGCACUAAAUAUAAUUUUAUUGCGAAAGAAAUAACAUUGAAGUGACUGGACUUUCCCCCAUGACUGAAAUGAAUGAAAGAGGUGGUAUAAAGCAUUUGUGUACACUGUGUAAAUGAUCUGGUAUGCCGUGGCAUCCUGUAGGAGAAUGUCUUCAGUGUAAAACAAGCUCAGAAGCUGCGCUCUGCUCUGUGGACUCGUUUAACAUGUCCAGGAAUCUGGGCGUGGAACUGUGCAAUUCUGUGACUGCUUUUUGUGUCGAGUUAUAUUGUGAUGAAAAAGUGACGUACUAUUUUCCCUGUUUCAAAGAAAAGUAUUUUUGUUUAUAGUGUGUUCUUCCUUUGGAAAUUUUUCAAUUAUACAUUUUAUUUUACUAAUAGUUGUAUUUUUCACAAAGAAAAUGUGGUUUUAAUUGUUCCCUCUCUAUACUUCAUUGUUUUCAGUAAACCCUGUGUAGGUACAUGUCAUUAGCAUUGUAGAUUCUGUCUUGAAGUGGCCAUAUUUGUUCAUAUAGUUUUGCCCUAGUGUUACUCAGAAUCUUCAUUUGGUGCUAGAAUUAGUUUAGCUUUAUAAAUGGGACUGUGUGAAACACUGCAUUUAAUUUCAUUUCAUAAAAUAAAUUUCUUACCAAACUAGCACUUGAUUUAUACUGAUUUGUCAAGGUAAAAAUGAGCUGUUGCUGGGCAUAGUAGUGAAUGCCUUUCAUGCCAGCUCGGGAGGCAGAGGCCAACCCGGCCUACAUUGAGAGCUGCAGCACAGCCGGGGCCACAUGCUGAGGAUGAGAGCUUGUCCCCUCACACCCCCAAAAUUAACUGCUGCUACAUUUGAUGGCCCAGUGGGUAAAGGCAUGUGCAGUGAAGCCUGGCAACGCACACUGUGGAAGAAGAGAGCCAACUUCCCAGAAGUCAUGUCUGCGCGCACACACACACACACACACACACACACACGCUCAGCGGUAUGCAGUGUUACACACAGCUCUCUAACUCUCAGAACUGGAAGUGGAGUUCUCCUUCGGUGCCUUUAGCCCUUACACACACUAGUGUAGCCUUCUUGAGUUUGAUAGCAUUUCAAGUGGUUUAGCCGAAUGUAUUAGGUUCAACAUGACCUCGUGCUGUUUAUUUUUGUUGCCGACAGGAUGCCUUGUUUGUGAAGAAGAUUUAAUAGUGUCGUUCUAAACGAUGGCCUUUUUUAGGAUUCUAAGGAAGUUAUCAAUCAUCAUACCUUUGUUUUGUCACCAUUUAGUGCCUUACUCCCCAUCUAGAAAGCAGUGGUACUGUUCAGUGGCCAAAUAAGACAUGCUCAUGUGGACACACUUGUCUGGUUUUGAGAACAGGUCAUCCUUACACUUAAAACGCCAGUGAACUGCCCAGAAUUGAAGUGAACACGCCACCUGAUUUCAGAAUGCCACUCGCAACGCUGGGUGAAAAUGAGCACCUCAGUUAGGCUUACACACUUAUUUCUGGUAAUCAUCGUACUAAAAGCAAUAUCCUUAACAUUUGUACCUGCUGGUAGACUCUCUAGUAUUAAGUAAUGGGAGUUUCUCUCCAGGGUCAAAUGUUCCAUUUCUGAAAGUUUUAGAAAACUUACUUUGAGAACAAAAGCAACCUAUUAGGCCUUUUUAAUAUAACGUAUCUGGGUGAUGCCGUUGGCAGGAGAAUCGUCAAGCAGAGGAGAACAGGAAACAGCCAUAUUCCAUUCUGAUAGUAUUGACCCUGGAUCCAGUAUCUUUCCAAGAGGGAGUUGAUAUGCUUAUAUACCUUUACCUUCAUCUUGAAUUAAAGUUAAAGGUACAUGUUUGAAUUUCAUUAUGAUGAAUAAAUUUCUUAAGGUAAAUCUUACUACAAAAAUAUCCUUUUUGUUGUUGUUGUUGUUUAAAGCAGGGUCUCACACUCUAACCCAAGCUGGUCAAAACUCACUGUCUAGUCCAAGCUGGCUCCAGAUUCAUGGCAGUCCACCUGCCUCAGCCACUAGAAUGCUGGGAUCAUAGGCAUGAGCCACUAUGCCUGGCUUUCCCUUUCUUUUUGAGGGCAAUUGCCGUCAACCUGUUGUAUUCCCAUUAAUAAAACACACUUCACAGUGUAGAAGGCCAAGAGACCCUGUUUAGAUGCAUUGUCACCUCAUUUAUUCUCAAUAGCAUAGGAAAGCAGCCAACCUCAGGCCUUAGAGAAAAAUAGGACUAUAUCAUAACCAUACACCAGUUCUUUCUCUGUAGGAAGCUAAGUACUUAGUUGGUUAGUGUUUGCCAGGGAAAUGUAUGAUAUAGGAAAACGUUUAGGUUGUAGAAAAAGAGGUAAAGCACAUGUUGCCAUAAGCUAGGAGAAUGUUAAAGAUUGGAUUCUAGCUGUAGAGCUCUGGAGGGUUGGGAAAUGUAGCUCAGUGAAAAGCACUUGGCUAGCAUGUCUUGGGGCCCUGGGUUCCCUCCCCAACCUCCAUCCCUCAAGCACACUUAGAGAUCUGGGGUAAUUCCAUGUAAAAAGUAUUCUAUGUUGAUAUUUGUUACUAGCCCAGAAAAGUGGUUGCCAAAGGGGCUUCCUUGCCAUUUUGAUAUAAACUAGUUACUAUUUGAUCCCUAAUAAGACUAAAUUUAUGGUGAUUUAUCACAGUAAGGUGAACUAGAAACUGUCCAUUUUCCUAUUAUUUUUGCCAAAUUGAAGAUAUUGGUAAGGUAGGAAUUAAUCAUGUUUUAAAAUGUGUAAUAAUUUUUCCCAUUAUUUUGAAAGCUCUAAAUUUAUUUAAAUUUCUACAACUUGAAAAUGUAUAGAAGGGUUUAUACAUUAAGGCUAUUUUCAAAGCUUCACAUUUUAAAACUAAUUUUUCUAUUAAUUUACUAUUUAUUUUCCUUGAAGCAGAUAAAUUCCAACCUAUAGCUCUAAAGAUAUACCCAUAAAGUUGUUUUUGUUUGCUUUGUUUGCUUGUUGGUAUCCAUUACUGGUUCAGAUGAGUGGUUAAUAAAGGGUCUCCUUCCCACUUUCCUUAUAGUCUGGUCUCUAGGGAAACUCACUGAGUCCCUCAUGAGAUCAACACUCGGGUUAUUGAUGCAGCUUUGUUUCAGAUGUGUAGAUAACAAACUUAUUGUAUUUGCAGAAUGCAUUUUUUUGUUUGUUUGUUUUAAAUGUUUUAGUUCACAAAAAUGCUUUUCAAAUACAGUGAAGUAGCCCAGGAUAGCUGCUCCCGUGUCAGGCAUAAUUGACACAACUGCACAAAUGGACAAUGUGUAACUCUGGUCUGUGCAUUAACUCAGAUGCACAACUCUUGACAUCUGUGUUCACAAAUGCAUGUUUUUGAAAAUCACCUCUAUAACAACUAAGAAUAAAAAGAAACCUGCAUUUGUAGGCCAGAAUUUUCAGUUGGUCCAUUAUACCUAAUGUAUGGAAAUGUGAAAGACAAUUUUGUACAUUUGUUACUAACUCAGAUCAUUAAAGUGAAAACCAUUUUUUAAACAAAA